UUGAUACAGGGCUACAAACUGAAAUAUUGGCAAACACUCAAAAACAGCAAGUGCAACAACUCUCACAAAAUUGUUUAAGUAUUGAGAUUAGUUGAUUGAUUAUUGUUUAGUUUGUGAUUGGUAUUUAGUUUGUGUUUGGAUUGUGGUUAAUUUAAAAUUAAGUUAUUCUUGUGUGUUUGCUUAAAGGUUGAAAAUUCUGUGAAAAUACUUCAAAUGAAUUUUUAUAAACCCAAUUCACCCCCCCCCUCUUGGGAUAACACCUUGACUUUCAAUUGGUAUGAGAGUCAGGUUAUAGCAAAUCCUAAUUAGAAGCUAUAUAAAGGUCUAAAUGGCACACCUAGGUGUUUCCCCUUUUGUUGAAGGUCAAUUAUCUACUAGACCGCCUAUCUUUUGUGAUUUAAAUUAUUCAUUUUGAAAACAAAGAAUGAGGAUAUAUAUUCAAACCAUGGAUUGGAAAGAAUUGAAGGUUGUCACACAGGGUGACUACAUUCUUACUAAACUCAUAGAUGGUAAAGAAGUUUCGAAAGAAGAAAGAGACCUAACCGACAAUUACUAUAAAAUAAUGCAAGUAAAUUCUAGUGGCAUGCUCGCAGCCCAACUUUGCCUUUGCCCAUGGACAACUUUCAGUCCAAGUCACAACUAGGUGGCUAUAUAAAGAGUGCGCUGCAACAAGUCCUAAAGACCAAAUCAAUUUCAAUCCUUUUCACCAAAAUAAAUAUUAAGAUGAAUUCAACAAAUUGAAGCCGCGAGUGGGUCCUCAAAUUAAUGGAUUUUUUAUACUUUAUUCUAUUCUUUAUGACCAUCCAUAAUUGCUGGACCAUACGGUGUCCUGUUCUUUCAGAUCGAAAAAGGAGUCGCCCCUCUUCAAUGGGUUUCUCCUUUCUCUUCCUAGCAAGCUUCUUGCUAUUUGCUUGGCAUGUCGUCUCAGGAGCAGGGACCACCAGGUCCACUUAUAUCGUCCACAUGCACAAGUCCCUCAUGCCCAAGGCAUUUGCCAGCCACUUGACACUGUUCGAGAGAUAUGGAGAGCUUCCUAUUUACCUCAGAAUCAGUGAAUGAGGGACACCCUGAAAAGUUGCGCCAUCAGAUCUCUGAUGCAGUGCUUGAUGCCUGCCUUGCGCAGGAUCCGGACAGUAAAGUUGCCUGCAAAACUUGUACCAAAACCAACAUGGUCAUGGUCUUUGGAGAGAUCACAACCGAGGCUCAAGCAGAUUAUGAGAAAAUUGAGCUGGACACAUGCCAAGGGAUUGGAUUCGUCUCAGAUGAUCUGGGUCUGGACGCUGACAACUGCAAGGUUCUUGUUAACAUUGAACAGCAGAGCCCUGAUAUUGCCAAGGGAGUCUAUGGUCAUCUCACCAAGCGACCUGAGGAGAUUGGUGCUGGUGACCAGAGCCACAUGUUCGGAUAUGCCCAACAAAUUGUUCAAUUAGAUGGGUAUCCUUGAAUCUUUCGAAUAUUACCAAAUAAUCCACUCAUUAAUUACAUCUUAUAAAGACAUCUAUUUCAUUGAUUUUAAACAUUUUCAAGCAACUUACAACUUUUUCACCAAAAUAUAUAAGAUUGAUUUUUCUUUUUAACAUCUCCUUUCUUACAAGGGGCCAAUCAAUUUUUACAACGACGCUCUUUUUCCAUUCAUUCAUUCUUAAAAGUUACUUUUCAAAAAUUAAAGACCAAACUAAACCGGAGCGACACCAACUUGUUCGAUUUUGACAUCACUUCUACAAUAUUAUUUGAUAAUUUUCUUAUAAGUAGAAUGGGUUGUAGCAUUGAUAUUUAUUUUUUCCUCUUAAAAGGUAACGUAGACAAGGACACCCAUUGACCCCAAUUAUUCCAAACUUAU